UAUUCCAUAUUCCAUUCCAUUAUUCCAUUAUUACAUUCCAACUGUCAUCAGACAAAACAAACAUCAACCAAGAACAAAAUAAUAACAACUAACACUAAUUUAAGUCCUGGCCAGGUGAAAGCCCAACAAUUCUAGAAAAUAUGAAAUGAAAUAUGAAAAUAUUAGAUGUUGUGAGCCAAACUCUGGAGGCAUUCAAGUUGAGAUUUUAGAUUUUGAAAGAUUCCAGAAUACAACAUACAUUCCAUACAUCAUGAAUUUAACAAAGCAAAGAAAUCAAGAAAUCGGUGCCAAUGCCAAACUCUUAAUGUGCCCAUUGCGCGGCGUUUGGUUUGGAAGUGGCACCACCGUGAAGUCAUACAUGCCAGUUCGAAUAAUGACCACAAGACCACAAUAUGACCAGCUCAUCAACAAAUGCCGCAAUGCUUCGUCACCCAUGAUGGCAGGAUCCUAUGAGCCAUGAUACCUAUGAGGCAUCAUACCCAUAUGUGCAACACUCGCAACAACAACAACAGCAUCUGGAGCAGCAGCAGAUGGCGAAAUUCUUAACCAGUUUGGCUGCUGAACUGAAAUUUGACUAAGUUCUCCACACUCCUGUCAAGUAUCGCAAAUAAACAAAUAAACCAAUUUCCCAAAAUAAAAAAAAAAUAAAAAAUUUCUCCUAUGACAACCAGCAGUUAUGCUAAUUGGGGUCCGAGUUGGUCUGUAAACUGAUAUAGCUUCCAUAUGAAUCUCUCGAUUUGACUAUGCUAUGCGGUCCAUCAACUGAAAUAGCUCCCAUAUGAGCCUAUUUCUAUAUUUGAGCACCUACGGGAAGCAAUUAGUAUCUAUUUACAGCCCACUGUAAAGAACUUGACAAAUCCCAUCCAUGAUGGAGGGUAUAUAAAAUUUUGGUCCAGCCGAACCUGCAAAUGCAAACUUGCCCAUGAACCAUUGAGUGCACACCUCUUAAAGUACCUAACGAAUGUUGCCAGCAUUUGGAGGGGAUAACCACCGCUUAUGUUCUCGCCGGGAACGCCGGGGUGUUCAGCGUCAAAGACGAACAUGCUAACCUCUGAGCUACGGUGACCUCCGACGAACCAGCCGAGCCUAGCCCCUUUUAAACUUUUUAUUGCUAUAUUUUCUUUUGUUUUAACACAACAUUUCUCCCUCUCUUUCUUUUUAGCCAAAUUUCUGACUUACGUUCAUGGCCGUGAAUCUUCGGAACGUUCUUCCAAUCGCUCAUAUGCUGAACUGGUGAAAUGGCAGGGCCUGCCCAUACGCAUGCCUUUACUGCGUUUACCCAAUGACUUGGCUCCCCUAGCUUUAGAAUGUUUUGAAUGUAUAUUAUGUUAUUGUGGUGAUCCCGAGCUCCCGAGCUAACCCAGGUCAAAUGUGUCCAUCUAAACCACCAUGGCUUGAAGAAUUUUACUUUCCUUCCGUUUUCAGCAUUGUCACAAAUACUUGGCAUUACGUGAUGAGGUCUACUGCCAGUUAAUGAAGCAAACUACCGCCAAUCGUUCGCCCUGUCCCGAUUCCACUCAGCGUGGCUGGCGCCUAUUCAGUAUUUUAGCAGCAUAUUUUGGCUGUUCCGAUGCCUUGAGGCCUUAUCUAUUGGAACACGUCGGCGUUCGUGUCAUGGCACUGCCGCGGUUUGCUUAACUAAUCUUCGCAAAACGGCACGUUGUGGUGGUGGUCACAAGUGUGGAAGAGGUGACCGCAGUGUCGGCAGGCCGUUCAGCUCGUCGACAAAUCUAUCGUUUACCUGGAGGAGCAGGAGCCACCGUUGUUCCACUGUGGUGGCGGAUGUUAUAGCCGAAUUAUGCGCUUUACUGGGCAUCGAAUCGGAAACCGAGCAGCAAGAAUUCUCCUUAUAUUGCAUAGUUCAGGGAGAUGCCUUUACUAUGCCCUUGGCAGCAGAUGAAUAUAUUUUGGAUGUAACCACAGAGCUACUAAAAUCCGGCCAGCCUUUCUAUCUGAUAUUCUGUCGCUCGGUCUGGCAUUUCCCCUUGAAGAGGGAUCCUGCCCCCACGCCCUUAUAUGUGGAGGUUAUUUUCAAUCAAGUGGCACCUGAUUAUUUGGAAGGUCUGCUGCUUGAAUUACCCGGCAAUGGAGUGCCACCACCUGAUGUCGUACGCGAUAUGGCUCGCAUAGCGGCUUUAUUGCAUAGAGCGGCUGACCUAAGUCAUGUACCAGCAAUGAAGGAAAUCAAAUUUCUAUUGCCUAAACCAGCUUUAAGUAUUAGAGAAACACGGCCAGCCCAAUGGGUGGGUCUAGUCCAAUCGGCUUGGCCACAGAUUGCCAAUCUAAGUCCUGGCCAGGUGAAAGCCCAACAAUUCUUGAAUGUGUUGUCGGCAUGGCCUUUAUUCGGUAGCAGUUUCUUUGCGGUGAAACGUAUAUGGGCCGAAGAGGGUCCACAUGUCGAUGACGGUCCCAUGUGGAGGGAUUUGAUAUUGGCCCUCAAUCGUAGGGGGGUGUUAUUCUUGGAUCCCAAUACACAUGUCAAUGCAACAUUGGCCAUUUAUGGAGGUCAUAUCGACAAGGAAGGUCCGUUCCGAGGAUGGUGCAUUGUUUUUGGACAUGAAGGUGGACUUCAAUCUGAUGCAGCAACGUGUCAUACGGGUCCAAACCGAAGAGGCUCAUGAGAUAUCGCGUUUGGUACGCCAAUACAUAACCAUUGGCUCAAAUUAGUCAACGUGACAAAAGGGAUGUUGUCAAUUAAUUACUUACUUAAUUAAUUAAUUAUCUGUAAUUCUUACAUUAAUUAAAACAAAAAAAAUACAACUACACAUCUUUAAGAAAAAAUUUAAUUUAUA